AUGAGUGACACACUAGACCAGAAUGAUCCCCCAAAAGAUCCUCAAGAGUUGGAAAAAUUGGAGGAAGCAAAACUCAAGGCUAAAUUUCCAAAUGCAAUGCUAGGAAGAGGUGGUUCACAUUCUGCCUUUUUACAGAAGAGACUUGCAAAAGGACAAAAGUUCUUUGAUUCUGGUGACUAUCAAAUGGCAAAGCAAAGGCCUGGUAACUUAGCUGCACCAUUCAAAGCCCCAGCAGCACCAGCCAAGCUGCCUACAGGAGAUGCUAUCCCUACGCCUGAGACUGUGCCCUUACGGAAAACAUCAAUAAUUCAGCCAAAAUUCCAACCCUCCAGUCAGACCUCCUAG